ACCGAUCCGGGAACGGGAUCAGCGGAUGGAUCAACAGUAUGAUGUACUCGUCCCUCGACAAUGGACAUCCGACUUUCACCGACUUCCCUCUCGAGAAGCAGCAUAUGUGGUUUCAACAGUUUGCGCAACAAUUCAACUGGAAUGCCGAUGAUACGUUGUUUAUCUAUUACCACUUCGUCCAUAAAGUUAUGGACAACUAUGGGAAGCAGAUGCACUCGUGGAAGAAGAAGUGGGAAAUAAACAAGGUUCCAAAGGGGAUGGACCCGACGGUCUGGCGGGAGUUGGGUGUGCAUUGGAGUAAGAACGAAGUGAGAGCAACUUCUUCCACCAACUCCACCAACCGCAAGAGCGACCGUAAGGGGAAGGGCAUGUACAUCCAUAACUUGGGUGCUCAAUCUUUAGCCAGUCUUGGGGAUCGUGUUUUCCCGCGGUAUAAUCCUCGGUAUAUACCGAGGGAAUUGUUCCUCAAUAUAUACCGAGGACCUCUUCGACGAAGGACAAUCCUCUAA